AUGGUCUAUAAGCUAUCAUAUGAUAUCAAAAGCUCAGCUUUAGUUAUUGCAUUGAUCCUGGUUCCUAUCCUUGUUCUCAUUGCCGUUGUCGCCAUCGCCCUUGCGUGCUCGAACUACUGGAGCAUCCAUUCUCUCAAAGCCUGUAUCUCUGGCCACAGGAAGCAGUGGCGACGCAAGAAGAUCCCAUCAGACUCAGAGAACGGCGCCGCACUCCGCGCGACAGAAACAUCAGAUAUCCGGGUCGAGUUCGCACAUCCUGUCACCAACAGAGAGCAUAUCUAG